AUGGACUUUCUACGUAACUACGAAGCGGCGGAUCAGGAAGAAUCGGAGGACAUGGAUUCGAAUCGGGAACAGACCGCGUCACCGACCGGUUCAUCGAGCUCCUCCACGUCGGUCGAAUCACCCAAAAGACGGAGCGGUACGGGCAAACCAUCGGCACGCCGUAAUGAGGAGAAAUAUGACGAUAAAGGCGUGAAGACCGGGCAUAAACCACGCAAGGAGCUGAACGAGAAUUCAUCCUCGCCGGACGAUCGCCACGGUUCGCGAUCCUCAUCCCGUUCGUCCUCAACGGAUGGUUCCGGGUCCAAGUCUCGAUCGCGCAGCCCUUCGCCUAAACCAUCGCGAACUAAAAUCAUUAAAAAUGGCGCAGAUGGAACGGCAAAACCUGGGACUCCGAAAGCAUCUUCUGCGAAUAAAGACCGCAAAGAUAGACAAUCGAAAUCUCCGCCAGAUCAGGCACGUCGUACAACUUCUGCUACGCUCGCUGGCAGCAGCCAAAGCAAGGGUGCAGUGAAAGCCAACCAAAAGGAUAGGAGAAAAUCCUCCCCACCGAAGCAAGAUGCAAGCAAACGAGAUCGUAGCACUUCCCGUGAUCGUGAUCGAAAAUAUCGUGAAAAGGAGCGUGAUCGAACGCGAGAUCGCGAACGUGAGCAGCGCAACCGGGAACGUGAGCGCGAUCGUGAACGCGAACGCGAACGCGAUCGGGAACGAGAACGCGAAAAGAAUCGUCAGAAGGAUCGUGAGCGUAAUCGCGACCGGGAACGGGACAGAGACCGGGAACGAGAUAGAUCUCGCGAACGUAAUCGCUAUGAUCGCGGUGAUCGCGGUGGCGCAUGUCGGGAUUCGCGUGGCGAUUAUCGCGAUCAGCGUCGAGGAGGCAAUUGGAGCAAAUCUAAUGAUCGAGACAAUAGUCGACGGGAUACUCGCGGAUACGAUCGAAAGGAUGAUCGUAAGGAUAAGCGUAGUGGCCGGGAUUACGAGAAGAAAGACCAUCGUAAGAAUCGUCGCUCAAACUCUCGCGAAUCACGAAACCGCAAACGAUCGUCGAGGACGCGCGACUCACGUUCUCGUUCGCGAUCCCGAUCGCGAUCAUGUAGCAAAUCAUCACCAUCGCGUGCCAGUCAACAACAAACACCAUCACAUGCUUCCCACGCCGGUGGUUUACUUCCAACACCAACCAGAUUUACGCAAAGCACCAUCUCUCCCACAAAACCCCCUUCGCUGUUACCCACGCCGCCUGCGUCCCAGUCACUGCUGGGAGCGAUUCCUUCUACUGCAGGCAUACCAUCCCUGAUGAGCAUCCCAACGAAACCACCGAUCGGUUCGCUGAUUCCUCCAGCCGUAGCCGCCAAAUUGAACCUCUCGAACGAUUCGAAGGCCGGCCAGGUGGGACUGUCGCUGGCAUCACCCGCUCAAGAUCCAGCCGUUCAGGCUAACCUGCUACUGUCCCGUAGCGCACUGUUGCGUAACAAUGCAAAAGCGGCCCAGCUGGAAAAGAUGGGCAUUGAUGUGUUGCAGCAGAACCAAAAAGCAGUGGACAGUGUACCGCUUCCUUCGUACUACAAUCCGGGCGUGGUUAAUCCGGUCCGGUACGCCGAUCAGGUGCAGAAGCGCAAAUUGCUCUGGAGCCACAAAACUAACGAAAGCAAGGAAGUGUCCUCUAACAUUAGCAAAUGGGAGCAGGCUAAGUUUGCGCAGGACACAGACGGCAGGGUAGCGUCCAAAUUUCUUCGGCUGAUGGGCGUGAAGGAUGCGGUACCAAAGGCGGGCGAAGAACAAGAAUCACCUGUAGCGACUGGUGCUCCCUCAUCAUCAACGCUCUCGGCAAAGGUAAGCUCCAGCCCCGGGAUGGCUGGUACUGGCGCUUCGAAUGGCGGUAAAUCGACGGGAGAUAGUAUUAAGAAACAGGAAGAGCUCUUCUCAACGAUGGAACAACAGUACGAGGUAGCUCGACAGGUGACACACACAAUGCGUGGCGUAGGGCUUGGCUUUAGCUCCCAGGCUCGUCAAUUCUAA